AUGGCGGGCUGCGGUGGUAAUAAGGAGAACGAGAAGGAUGCCAUUGUUGAGAAGGAGAAGAAGAAGAAGAAGAAGGAGAGCAGCAGCAGCAGCAGGGAGUUUCUGGUGAGGGUGAACGUCGCCGGUAGCACGGGUCCCGUAAUACUGGUGGUAAAACAAAACGACUCCGUCGCCGCCGUCAUCCGGUCCGCUCUCAAGGCCUACGCCAAGCAAGGCAGGGUUCCGGCGCUCGGCUCUCAAGCCGCCGCCUUCAUCCUCUACUCCGCCGCUACUCCUCAAUCCGAUUUCACUGGUACACCGUACAUGAUAGACAUUUUAUUAUUUCGGUUUAUGUCGGUUUGA